AUGCAGCUAUUUCAAGCUGAGGCAAAAACUCGUGAAUGUAAUCAAGUCGAAAAGUACAUCAACCAUAUUUCCUCAUUUUCACAACUUGAAAACAUUCCUUCUGUCAAAAAUCACAUUUUUAAUAAAUAUAGAAUUGAUUUUGUUGAUUCCCCAUUACUCAUGCUAGAACAGAAAGCAUACAUUAGGGGGAAACCUUACAGAUGUAAUGAGUGUGGCAAAGCCUUUAGUGUAUCUUCAAGCCUUACUAAUCAUCAAGUGAUCCAUAAUGGAGAGAGACCUUCCAAAUGUAAGGAAUGUGGCAGAGUCUUCAGAUACAAUUCACAUCUUGUAGAACAUCAGAGAAUUCAUAUGGGAGAGAAACCUUACAAAUGUAAUGAAUGUGGCAAGGCCUUCAAUCGAGUUUCACUCCUUGCCCAACAUCAGAGAAUCCACACUGGGGAGAAACCUUAUAAAUGUAAUGAAUGUGGCAAAGUUUUCAAUCAGAUUUCAACUCUUGCUCGUCAUCGAACAAUUCAUACUGAAGAGAAACCUUACAAAUGUAAGGAAUGUGAAAAGGCCUUCAGCUAUAAUUCAAAACUUGCAGAACAUUGGAGAAUUCAUACUGGAGAGAAACCUUACAAAUGUAAUGAAUGUGGCAAGGUUUUCAAUCAAAUUUCACACCUGGCCAGACAUCAGAGAAUUCACACUGGGGAGAAACCUUACAAAUGUAAGGAAUGUGGAAAGGCCUUCAGUCACAAUUCAAAUCUUACAGAACACUGGAAAAUUCAUACGGGACAAACACCUUAUAAAUCUAAUGAUUGUGGCAAAGUCUUGAGUCAACUUUCACACUUUGCUCAACAUUGGACAGUUCAUACUGGAUAG